AUGGCCAGCAGGACAUUCAGCCUUCCCUUGAGGGCCUUCGCAGGCACACGCCCUUCAAUUCAAGCCUGGCGCAGUACACGAUCCUUUGCCACCGAAGUCGCGCCCGCCUCAUCAACACUGCCUGUUCCUUCAGAUCUCACAACGCCUAUCACUACACCAGUAGUCCAGGAUGCCCAACCGCAGACUCUGGCACUGGAAGAGACGGAUGGAAGCACAUCUGGAAAGUUGCGACCGGUUGGUGUCGUUGUCAGCGCUGGAAAGAUGGAGAGGACAGUCAAAGUCAGACUACCCAGUCAAAAAUGGAACAAUUACUUGAGAAAGGUAAAUCCGCUCGUUCACACAAUGCGCCCAAGUGUGGUGCUUGUGCUGAAGAACAGUUGUGCUGACUUCAUCUCUUUCUUGGUUAUAGNNCACUUCAAGGACCACUCAGACCACCUAGUCCAUGACCCCAACUCCUCGCUCAACAUUGGCGACGUUGUCGCUCUUAGACCUNUCCGCGCUGCCAAACACGUCCGCCACGUUGUGUCAGAGAUCCUCGUUCCUUUUGGUACACCCAUCACCGAACGACCACCCGUCCCCAGCGAAGAGGAAUCUCAAACUGCCUACCUUGCCAAACGCCAUUCCAAACUCGAGCGACGCAGUUUGCGUCGCGCUGCUGCACAAGGCUCAGAGUCUGCUAUUGAGAAACUGCAAGCGCUAGAAAUCGAGGCUGGACAAGGUGUUGCAGCUGGAAAGGGCGAGAAGGGUGCCAGAAAGGCUGGGUUGAUGGGAAACAAGGGUCAAAAGCUGNCAAAGGGAGUUUUGCCUGGUGGAAAGCAUGCAGUGGGCAAGAUUGACGAAAGAGCAAAGCACAACAAGGAGCAGGCCAUGAAGAGGAAUGAGAAGGCUAAGAGCAACUUGCGUGAGGCCAAGCAGGUUGCUGAGAGUCUUAGCGCAUAA